AUGCCAGUAGCAGAUGACAUUCAAUCCUCUUGGGCUGAUGAAGUUGAAAUAGAUCAGGGUGCCUUGCCACCACCUUCAGAAGUAGUAGAAAAUGGCUUGAAGAUAGUAACAGAAUAUAAAUAUGACAAUGAUAACAAGAAAGUCAAAAUUGUACGAACCUAUAAAAUUGAAAAACGUGUUGUGUCCAAGAGUAUUGCUAAGCGUAAGACUUGGAGUAAGUUUGGUGACUCUGCUAAUGAUAAACCAGGACCAAAUCCAGCAACCACCAAUGUUUCUGAGGAUGUUUUCAUGCAAUUUAUCACUAGUAAAGAGGAGAGUCAGCGGACUGAUGAUGGAGAACUAGAUGGUCUUAAGCCCCAAACAAGCAGUGUCAUCUACAAAUGCCGUACAUGCCAGGGAGAACAUUGGACCCUGAGUUGUCCAUUUAAGAACAGUGACAUUGCACUGGCUAAAGCUAAUGAAGCAGCUAAAGCAUCAGAGGUGAAAACAAUAACAACUACUACUAAUAAGUAUAUAGCACCCAAUCUACGUGAAAAUGCCUCUCGUAACUUAAGUCGUGAUCUACCGGGCCCAAGGCGUGAUGAUGUAGCUGCCAUUCGCAUAUCAAACCUCAGCAACUUUGCUGUUGAAGCUGACCUUGAUGAUUUGGUUCAUGGAUUCGGUCCUGUGCAGAAACUGUACCUUGCGAAAGAGAAGAGUACUGGUCAAUGCAAAGGUUUUGCAUAUGUACACUUCAAAUUCCGAGCUGACGCUGCUAAAGCUAUUGCAAACUCUGAAUGGUUAUGGUUA